GAUUCUCGGACCCUAUCGCCAAUCGAUCACCUUGACUUCGCCCGCGUCGUCCAAUGAGCACUGCGCACAGGGGCGGUCCGUUGCCACGGGCGAAGUUUGGUUGAACCCGAGAGCAGCAGCCUCUCAGCGGCAGUAAGGUGUAGCGACUGGACGGUGCUGCUGCUGUUGCGAGGCUGUGCCCGACGACACACUUUUUUUUGUUUUGGUGGAAAUUGAAUUAUUUUUGCUCACGGUUCGGGAGACACCGGUGACAACGACGUCGACGCGACGACCCCGUCUGGACCGGCACGCGGAUCACAGGAGGCUCAGCGAUGAACAAGCUACGGCAGAGCUUCCGCCGGAAGAAAGACGUGUACGUCCCGGAGUCCAGCCGGCCGCACCAGUGGCAGACGGACGAGGAGGCCGUCCGCAGCGGAAAGUGCAGCUUCACCGUCAAGUACCUGGGUCAUGUGGAGGUGGAGGAGUCGCGAGGGAUGCACAUCUGUGAGGAGGCAGUCAAGAGACUCAAGACGGACAGGAAGUUCUUCAAAGGAUUCUUUGCAAAAGCAGGGAAGAAGGCAGUGCGCGCCGUGCUGUGGGUGUCGGCGGACGGUCUGCGCGUGGUCGACGACAAGACCAAGGACCUGAUCCUGGACCAGACGAUAGAGAAGGUCUCGUUCUGCGCUCCAGACCGUAACUUCGAGCGGGCCUUCUCCUACAUCUGCCGGGACGGCACCACGCGGCGCUGGAUCUGCCACUGCUUCCUGGCCGUCAAGGACUCGGGCGAGCGGCUGAGCCACGCGGUGGGCUGUGCCUUCGCCGCCUGCCUGGAGCGGAAGCAGAAGCGCGAGAAGGAGUGCGGCGUGACGGCCACAUUCGACGCCAACCGCACCACCUUCACCCGGGAGGGGUCCUUCCGCGUCACCACGGCGACGGAGGCGGCGGAGCGGGAGGAGGUGAUGCGGCAGCUGCAGGAGGCCAAGAAAGCCGAGGCCGCGCCCCCGCCGCCGAGCUCCGCCUCCAGCGGCAACGGCUCCUCGGGCCCCCCGUCGGACUCGCCGGGCUCCUCCCCCCCGCUGUCGGCCGCCACACUGGGCCCCCAGGCCAUCCCGCGGCGCCACGCCCCGGCCGACGCCCUGGCGCGGCAGGGCUCGUUCAGGGGCUUCCCGGGCCUCAGCCAGAACAGCUCGCCCUUCAAGAGGCAGAUGUCGCUGCGCAUCGGCAACGAGCUGCCGGGCGGCGCCCCCCCCCGCAAAGACUUCCCCCUCAAGAACAGCGUGGUGGAGGUGGAGGGCGAGGCCGACAGCAUCAGCUCCCUCUGCAGUCAGAUCACCACCGCCUUCAGCGGGGGGCCGAGGGACCCCUUCGCCUCCGCCCCCAUGCCCAAGCCCACCUCCUCCCCGCAGUCGCCGGUCGCUCCAGUGAACGGCUCGUCGCCUGCUUACCCCCCAGCCCUGCCCCCUCCGCUGCCCGCCCGGGACACUAACCCCUGGGCUAGGCUCCCAGCGGGCCUCCAUUCGGCCCCAGGAAGUGACUGGUCCACGUCGGCGACGGGGCCGGCCCUGGGGGGCCCCGGCUCCUCCCCCGCCCUGCCCUCCCACCGCCGCACCCCCUCGGAGGCGGACCGCUGGCUGGAGGAGGUCACCAAGUCCGUCCGGGUGCCCCCGCAGCCGGCGGCGGCGGCCGUGCCCCACCUGGGCCCCCCCGCGGGACAGCACCCCGGGGCGGCGGCCCCCCCGCCCCCGCCGCCCAUGGGCUUCCUGCCCCCGCCCCUGCCCAUGCUGCCCCCCCGCCAGCCGGCGGCGGCGGCCUACCCGGUGUCCAACGGGCUGGCGUUCGGCCCGCCCGUGGUGCCCGUGGUGGGCAUCACCCCGUCCCAGAUGGUGGCCAACAUGCUGCAGCAGCCGUUCCCCAUGCCCCACUACGACCACGGCCACGCCCACGCGCUGGCCGCCGCCCACUACAGCAAGCCCCUCCUCCUGCCCCCCGUCCUUAGCCCCGCCCCCCUGCUGCAGCCCUCGUCCAAUGGCAGCGCGGCGUUCAACGGCGGCGCGGCGGGGGAGAACUGGGCCACCGCCGCCGCCUCCCAUCAGCUCCCCUCCCUGGCCCCGCCCUCCCCCGCCCUGGCCCCGCCCCAGACCUCGCUGGCCCCGCCCCCUCCCGCCGGGCAGGUGGACGCCUUCGAGGCCCAGUGGGUGGCGCUGGAGGGGCGGUCCCGUCAGCACGCCUCCCCCUCCCCCACCAACCCCUUCUCCAGCGAGCUGCACCAGACCUUCGAGAUCCAGCUCUGAAGACCCUCCCACUCUCCCCCAUUCUGCUCCCGGAUAGAGGGGGGGGAGGGCUCUGAAGACCCUCCCCUCCCCCCAUAAGAGGGGGGUGGGGGGGGUUAGGGAGAUCUGAAGCCCCUCCUCUCUACCCCUUCUCCUGGGGGGAGGGGGUUAGGGAGCUCCCCUACAGCUGUUGGAGACGGAAAGACUUGAGGAGGAAGAUAUAUAAAACUAGAGGCUGAUGUGGCGGCUAGAGA